AUGCAGAAGUCCUUUUCUGCUUCUGCAUGUCAUGCUCAUGCAGACUUUAAUGGAACUUUUGUUGGUGGGGUUUUGGUUGUUCUCUUUUCAACCGGGCUUUAUCGCCCAGUGCGUGUUCAAAUCCAUGGUCGUCAGUUUACGAUGGACCCCUCUCCUCAGAUUCAACAACAAGAAGACGAGUGGGACACUGAUGGAUUUGUGAUUCCAAGUUUGGGAAUUGGAGACUUUGAUAAAACUAAACCUCAUGUUCCUAUGGUAGAAUCUUCCAAUUCUGCAGCAAAGAGUAAGAAGGAAGAGAACAUCUAUCUGGGCCCGCACGGAGCGCCUCCAUCUCUAGCAAAACAGCAAGAGCUAAAUCCUUCUAACAGGAAGCAGAGAUUCAAGCAAAAACUGAAAGAAGCUGACAAGAGAAAUAGUGGGAUGGGUAGGGAGAAUAAGGUGGAUAAUCUGAGGGAGCUUGUGGGUGGGGGCAAAGUAGGUGUCAACUUGGCAAAGGGAUCCCCCAAAGACUGGUUAGAUCCACAUUGCCAAGAAUCUCAGUUUGAGAGGAGGUAA